AUGCAGAAGAGUACUUUAGGAUCAUCAAAAUCAACAUCAAAAUGCACUGCUGUGUUACCCUAUCAAACCCCAAGGUUAAGGGAUCAUUACCUUCUUGGGAAGAAACUUGGGCAAGGACAAUUUGGGACAACAUAUCUUUGCACACACAAAACAUCAGGGAAACUCUAUGCUUGCAAAUCAAUUCCAAAGAGGAAGCUUUUGUGUCAGGAGGAUUAUGAUGAUGUGUGGAGAGAGAUUCAGAUCAUGCAUCAUUUGUCUGAACAUCCUAAUGUGGUUCAGAUACAAGGGACCUAUGAGGAUUCUGUGUUUGUGCAUUUGGUGAUGGAGCUUUGUGCUGGUGGGGAGCUUUUUGAUAGGAUUAUUCAAAAGGGUCAUUAUAGUGAGAGAGAGGCUGCAAAGCUGAUUAAGACUAUUGUUGGUGUUGUUGAGGCUUGUCAUUCUCUUGGUGUCAUGCAUAGGGAUCUUAAGCCUGAGAAUUUCUUGUUUGAUACUCCUGGUGAAGAUGCUAAAAUGAAGGCAACAGAUUUUGGCCUCUCUGUCUUCUACAAGCCAGGACAAACCUUUCACGACGUUGUUGGAAGUCCCUACUAUGUUGCUCCUGAGGUAUUGUGUAAGAUAUAUGGACCUGAAGUCGAUGUUUGGAGUGCUGGUGUCAUCCUAUACAUCUUACUCAGCGGUGUUCCACCUUUUUGGGCUGAAACCGAAUCGGGAAUUUUCAGACAGAUUUUACAUGGAGAUCUUGACUUUGAGUCGGAUCCAUGGCCAACGAUCUCAGACAGUGCUAAAGAUUUGGUAAAACUGAUGUUGGAUAGAGACCCUAAGAAUAGAAUCUCUGCUCAUAAUGUCUUAUGUCACCCUUGGAUUGUUGAUGAUAAAGUUGCACCUGACCAGCCUUUGGACUCUGCAGUUUUGACGCGUCUAAAGCAUUUCUCAGCGAUGAAUAAACUUAAGAAGAUGGCAUUACGUGUCAUAGCAGAAAGACUUUCAGAGGAAGAAAUAGGCGGAUUAAAAGAGUUGUUCAAAAUGAUCGACACAGACAACAGCGGGACAAUAACUUAUGAGGAACUCAAAGAUGGUCUAAAAAGAGUCGGCUCUAAUCUCAUGGAAUCUGAGAUUAAAUCGCUUAUGGAUGCGGCUGAUAUAGACAACAGUGGAACAAUAGACUACGGCGAAUUCCUCGCGGCUACACUGCACUUGAAUAAGAUGGAAAGAGAGGAGAAUUUGGUUGCAGCUUUUGCCUAUUUUGAUAAAGAUGGUAGCGGUUACAUCACCAUCGACGAGCUUCAAACAGCUAGUAAGGACUUCGGCCUCGGCGAAGUACAUCUGGACGACAUUAUCCAAGAAAUCGAUCAAGAUAAUGAUGGGAGAAUCGAUUAUGGUGAGUUUGUGGCGAUGAUGAAAAAAGGCGAUGAAGAUAUGGUUGGUAGGAGCAGAACCAUGAAAGGGAAUUUGAACUUCAGUAUUGCAGAUGCAUUUAAAGUGAAUGACUCUUCUUGA